UAUCUUGAGUUUCCCGGGAGCGGUUCUCCUUUUUAUGAUUGGCUGAAACAUUGACCAAUUAGCGUUGUCAGUGCCGUUGGUGUUUGAAAUUCGAUCAGGCCCACGUUUCGCGCGGGCUGAUUGGCUGGAGCCCGCAACGAUCGCGACCCCGCGGCGGGGAAGGGGCGGUAGACUCGGUGAACCAGGACACGGUCUGGGUCAUGGAUUGGUCGAGGAUAACGGGGGGCGGUGAUGAGCAAUCUCAUUGGUGAAGAAUGGGGAACUUGGCGUGACGUCAUGGUGGAGAGGCGGUCAGGCGCUGCGGCCAUGUUGAAAGCUUGGUGCUGGCGACGGUUGGUGGGUCAGUGACGGACGUUGGUGGGGAAGUUCAUCGAGGUCCGGUCCGGACGGUGGGGGAGCGCCCACUGUGGUCCGGUCCGGACGGUGGGGGAAGCGCCCACUGUGGUCCGGUCCGGACGGUGGGGGAAGCGCCCACUGAGGUCCGGACGGUGCGGGAGCGCCCACUGAGCUGCAGUCCGGCCGCCCUCGCCCCUCCAUCGGGAUUCCUGACCAUGGAGGACGCAGAGAGACGCAGGAAGUUGGAGGCUGCGAGAGCCAAGUUUGCUCACUACCAGCAAAGAAAAGCAAAAGGUGACUGCUCGGAUUCGGCGAAAAAGAAGAAGAGGAAGAGCCAGACUGUCCACCAGGAUGACCUUCCACAGGAAGAGCACUCAUUAGUGGAACAAGAUGGUGGAGUCUUGGAACAUAAGGCAAAUGAUGAACAAUUGAACAAAAAAACAAUAAAGGACAGCUCAGCUGAGGAGGGAGAUAUGAGUAAUAAUACAGACCAUAUCCAAACAGAGCUAGAAGUGUGCCAGCUGAGAGUAAUUGAACUUGAGGAACAAUUGCACCAGAAAGAAAUGACUUUGGAACAACUUAUCACUGAUAUGGAAGAACUGCAGAAACAGCAGGCUACCCAUCACGCGAGUGAGCAGAUGCAACAGGAGUUGGAGAUAGCGGUACAGGAACGGAAUGAUAUAAUUGGCCAGUUGACUGAUAACCUGCAGCAAGCCAUUCAGAACAGAGAUGAGGUACAGCAGGAAGCCUUGGAGUUAACUGAUCAAAUUCAGUCUCUACAGCACCAAUUACAGCAGGCAAGUGAUAUUCUGAAAAAUAAAAGUCCUGGACUUGUGGAGCUGCUUCAGGCUCAGCAACAGAUUUCUCUGUUCCAGCAGAGCCUUAAAGACCAGUGUGAUCGUAUGGAGACACUUGAGCAACGAGCGCACGAUCUGGAGCUUCAACUAGAAUAUUCAGAGCAGAAUGCAAAAGACAAAGAGAACUGUCUUAUUCAGAUAGUUGAGCAGCAGAAAAUUACUGAAAAUACUGUGCAACAAUUAAAUCAAUGGAUAGAAGAGAAAGAGGAAGCCAUCAAGGAGUUAAAGGAAAAGCUGAACAAUAAGGAGAGCACCAUAUCACAGUUGCACCACUCACUGACAAUCUGGCAUCAAGAAGUUGCUGAAUUAAAUAAUGUUGAAUCUGCUAAUAAACAGAGGCAACACCAGUCUCCAGAGGAAAUUGGACUGCAAAUAGACAAUGUAGAAGUCAUGCAAAAACAACUUGGUCAAAAAGAUACUCUGUGGUAUGUGGAGCAACUGAGGGUUGAUCUGGAGGCAAUGCAGAGACAGGAAAUAGCCCAGUUAAAACAGGAGCUGUGUGAACAAACAAAGCAAGAAAUUGAUGAACUAAAUAUUAAACAUAAAGCUGAGCUUGACUUGUUACAAAGUCAGAUUCAAAGCCAUACUGAUAGUGAUCAAAUAAAAAAUUUAAACAAAUUGAUCACUGGCCUCACUGAGAAGCUACAAGAGUCCUGUCUUGAGAAAGAAGGGCUCCAACGAAAAUUAGAAAAUAUGAUGGGUUCCCCACUGGGGAAAUCUGAAAUUUGUGAGAAAGACAGACAUUUGAUGCAAGAUCUGGAAGAACAGAUUAAUAUGUAUAAAUCUGAAAAAGAACAUUUGAAUGCCUGCUUGGCUCAAGAAAAGGAAGUGAAUAGGGAGCUGCGAAUCCAACAUGAACAUGAAAUCACAAAUUAUCGUAUCAAAUUAGAAAUGAUGGAGAGGGAGAAGGAUGAAGUGCUAAGUAGGCUGGCUGAAUCUCAGGAAGUAGAACUUGAGCAGCUUAAAACCAAACUGCUGUUUAGUCAUGAAGCAGAAUUGACCAAACUUCGGGAAGAUCUAGAAAUGCAGUAUACUCUAGAGACAGAAGCACUUAGAAAGGAAAUGGAAGAUCUAAAAACAAGUUUACAUUGCGAAUUGCACAGAAAUGAUAUAUCUGAAAAUUUGGAAGCAAUGGACCAAGAGAAGUUCCUUUUGACGGAGAAAUGUACAGAAUUAACAAAAGAGCUGCAACAAAGAGGUUUGGAACUGGAGAAGAUGCAUAUGGAAGCUAAAAUGUCAGCUGGCCAAACACGGGAAGCUGAACAGAAAUGGAAAUCUGUUUUGGAAGAACUAUCAAGUCUGCGUUUAGAAUUUGAAAAGGAAAGUGCAGAACGAUUACGAUAUGAAGAACAAUUGAAGGGCAUGGUUCAUGAAAGUGAAAGAAGUGACUUGGAGAGGCAGCCUGUGAUAAUUGUAGAGGAAAAAGUGAGAAAAGAGAAAGAAAGUGACUUAGAAAUGUUAAAAGAGAUGGUGAAAGAUUUGAAGCAGGAGAAUCAGUUGUUACUGGCCCAGCUAAGAGAACAGGAGCAGCUAGUCAAAGAAGUUCAAGAGCAAAAACUAGCUGCAGAUUCGGUGACCAGUGAGGUACAGGCCUUGUUUGGUCGUCAACUCGCUGCAUUGCAGAACCAAAGGGAUCAGCUGCAGAAUCAACUUGAUGCCCAAAAAACUAAGAGUCAAACCAUGUCUGAACUCCUGGGGCAGAAAACCAUGCAGGAGGACUCUCUGUGCAGAGAGCUUGAGGAAAUUGAGGCAAAAUUGAAGGAAAGAGAAGAACAUGUGAAGCAACUAACUGAUGAGAAAAUGAAGCUUGAAAGUAAGGUGUCGUCAAAUGCAACUGAUUUCUUAAGGAUUGAAAAAGUACUUGGUCAAAUCAAAGCUGAAAACGAUUGUUUGAAGAAAGAGAAAGGAGAUUUGCUUGACAAAUUUCAAGAUCUAGAGCAGAAAAAGCAUUCUGAGGUUCAAGCUGUGGAUAAUGAUUUGAAAGGAAAGGUUGUUGAACUGCAAAAGUUAAAGGCAGUCAUAGAAGAACAAGAGAUGCUACAUCUUCAGAAAACAUCUGCACUGAAAUUGGAGAUCAGCAAUCAAAAUAAAGCUCUACACGAGCUAGAACAAAGCCAUAAUGAAAAGGUGCACUCUCUCCUGCGGCAACAGGAAGAGAGGCUAAUGAGUGCUGUGGAAGAGGCUCGUAAGGAAGUGACUGUCCAAUAUGAAGAAGAAUUAAGUAAAGUGGAAGAGCUAUACCUGUCCGAUAUUAUGAAUUUGAAAACAGAACAUCAGAAAGAGUUAGAUGAGUUGAAUGCAGAAAUGAAAAAAAAAGUGCUUGACUUGCAACAAAAACAGGAAGGUGAAAGGAGAAAACAAAUUGGGUUAAUUAAACAAGUUCAUGAACGGGAACAUGAUCGAGAGAUGAGUACACUAAUUAAUAAGCAUAAGGAAGAAGUAGAGCAGCAGCGAGCAAAAUUGACUCAAGAACAACAAGCUCUGUUUGAUGAUAUCCGGAUUCGUAUGGACACGGCACAUGAAGCAGAGUUGUGCCAAGCUCGGCUUCAGAUGCAGACAGAACACAGCUUGGAACUGGAAUCUCUUCGCCUAAGCCUAAACAACAUGCAUAGGGCCCAACUUGAGCUUAUACAGUCCAACCUGCAGCGUGAGAAGGAGGAGUCUCUUUCAGAACUGCGAGAAGUGCUGAAUGAUAAACGACGUCAGGAGGUGGCAGUGCUGCAGAAUAGACAACAAUUGGAAUUGGAAUGCAUUAGGGAACAAAACCAGCGGCAAAUGGAACAAUCUCUAAAGAAGCACCAACAGGAAAUGGAGGAUUUAAGGAAUGCUUUGGAAGGAGAAACAAAUCUUCUGAAGGCCAGACUGGUGGCAGAGGAAACAGAGAAACUGCAAAGCAUGGAAAAGAAGUGGGAGGAAGAGUUGAGGCAGCACCUUGAGAACCAGAAGCAGGCCAUGUCCACAGAGCAUCAAACCGAGCUAGCAGAAUGGAUCAGAAAGGUGGAGAAACUGCAGAAUGAACUUGAAGCUAUCCAAAAUGAAGAAGUGGCAUGCCAAAAGUGUGAGAAAAUUGAGUGUCCGAGUUUGGAGUCCCUUUGCCAGAUGAAUUUGGCAAAGCUUCAGGAACAAAUUCAAAAGGAAUAUGAGCAGAAACGGGAGGAGUUAAUGAGAGAGUUUGAUGAAAAAGAGAAGGACCAUCGUGCAGAAAUGGUGAAAUUGCAGGCAACCUAUGAUGAAUUUAAAUUGCGUUCAGAGCAAGAGCUUGAACACCUAUGGUCUCAGCUUGAGAGUACGAAGGCCAGUCGUGAAGAGCUAAGUGAGUUUAAGAAACAUUUGCUGGCUUGUACAUCCCAUGUGGAAGAUGUGGAACUUCUGAAGAAGGAAUUUGCUGAACAGAGGGAGCAAAUACAGAAGCAGCAUGUUUGUGAGCUGGAGCAGUUAAAGAAUUACUUUGACGAGAAACUGAAAGAGAUGAAAGAGAAAAAUGAUGAGGAAGUUGCACAGUUAGAACAACGCCUACAGGAAGACACAAGACUGCCUCUUGGCAUUGAGUCUGACCUGAGUCUAAAUCAGACUGCGGAGCCAAGUUUGUCUUUGCUAUCGUUUUCGGACCUCACAGAGAAGAAUUACUUUCAGCAUAGGAUUCAGAUUGUGGAAGAAUUGGCAGAGAAGUUGGAAAAAUACAAGGAAGAAAUAAAAAUGCUUCAGCUGCAGCUGGAGGAGAAACACAAGCAGGAGAUGGCAGCCUCUUUGAUGCAUCAAGAGACGCUGGAGACGAUUGAAAAAGAACUGACGGAGAGACAUUUGGCAGAGAUUGAGAAGCUGAAGAUAAACCACUGCCAAGAAUUAAAACAGUUACAAGAUCGACUUUCUGAGGAACAUCUCAAAGAGAUUACCAGGUUGCGACUCCAGUGUGCACAACAGACUGCUCGAGAGGUGGAGGUGCAGGUUAAUGAGCGGCUCCAUUAUUUGGAGGAGGAGAAGGCUCAAAAGCUUGCUGUGAUAGAUGCUGAAAGAGAGAGAAUUGCUUGCCUGCAGGAGGAGAUUGAAUGUUUAAAGAGAGAUCAUGCAGCAGCCAUACUGCAGCUCACCCAACAGCAUGAGGAAAGAAUGCUGGAAAUGAUGCAGAAUAAAGCCCAGUUACUAGAAGAGGCCAGCAGAGAGGCAGUUGUGGCUAAAAUGCAGGAAUGUACAUUGGAGAAGGAACAGGAGCUGAAGAUUCUGAGAGAAGAGCUACAAGCCAGCACGGAGAACAAACUAUCAGCCUUGCGUGAGGAGCUCACCAAUGAGUUUGAGGAGGAAAGACUAGCACUGAAACAGGAGUUUGACCGGAAAAGUGCAGAAAUGAAUCAAAUUCAGGAAGAACAGAGUGCGACAAUUUCUAAACUCGAGAUACAGCUCAAGGAAAAAAAGAGCCACUUGCUGCAGCUCCAGGAUAGUUUGGCAAAUGAACAGUUACCAGAGAUAGUGGUGAUUCGUCAGAAAAUCCAAGCGCAGUUUGACACUGAACUUACCAUGGCCAAGUCUCUGAUGGCAGAGGAGCUUGAGAAACUCCACAUUAGUGUACAGGAACAAUCAGCUCAGAAACUCCAGGAGGCACAGAAUAGGUUCAUGGAAGAACACAGGCAGAUGAUGGACAAAUUUAUGCAUGAACAAGAAAUCCUUCUCCAAGAGUUGAAGGUGAGACAUGCAGAAGAGUUGGAAACUCAAAAUCAGCAUCUGAUAGAAAAUCACCAAAAUCAAGUAGAAGAUUUGAAAGCUGAGAUGUGCACCAAGCAUCGAGCUGAAAUGGAAGCUUUGGAGAAUAUGAAGUUGGUUGCUUUGGAAAGCUUAAGACUGAAACACGCAGAAGAGCUGGAAGAUGCUGCAAGUAAAUUUAAAUCUGAGAUUCAGCAAUUGAAAGAAGAUUUGAAAACUUGUCAGGAUGAGUUGGAGAGAUUUAACAGAGAAAGCACUGACAAACGACUUAAGGAAAUUAAUCAGUUGAAAGCUGAACACGAGGCUGAGCUGAUUAACACUCAAGAGAAGGUCCGAAAGGAACUGGCUGCCAUUCAUAUGGAAAAAUUUAAAGCUAUGGCUGCAGAACUGGAGGAAAUUCAUAAGGUAGAUUUGGAGGCAGCUGUGACCAAACACAAAACUUCACUGGAGCAGGAGCAUCAGAAGCGGCUGGAUGUGAUUCGGGAUGAGGUCCUUCACCUUGAAGAACAGCAUAAGCAGGCUCUCAGGGAGCUCCAAGUACUUCAAUGUGCAGAACUGGAGAAGCAGAAAGAGGAAUAUGUACGGAAGCUAGAUGAAGAGCUGGAGAAGAUUAAAAUGCAUAAUCAAAAUGAACAGGUUCAGGCAUGCAACUCGGCACUAAUAGUGCAACAGAGGCUGCAGUCCAACUUUGAAAAAGAGAGAUCACAGCAACUACUGCAGUUCCAGGAAGAGUUUGAACUCCUCAAGAGGCAGUCUGAGUUCUUGCUUACUCAGCAAAUUAAGCAGCUCAAGGAUGAGUUUGAAGUUGAGAAGAACAAUGCGCUCCAGGAAUUGAAGGAGGUCUUCUCUCAGGAGGAAGACAAAGCAAAACAACUGCACCAAGAGGAGAAGAAACAAUUGUCCGCAAAGCUCCAACAGCAGACAGAGCUAACCAAACAACUGCAGAAAGAAAUACAGGACAAGAGCUCGGAGCUGGAUACUCUACUGCAGCGUCGAGAUCGUGAAAAUGAAGAAGGAGGCAAUCUGGUUGCAAUGCUGCGCUCAGACCUUGAACAAGUGACAAAUGAACGGAAAAACUUGGAGCGUUCUCAUGAGCGACUGCUAAGGCUGUUUUCAGAGGUGGUGAGAGUAACAUUUUCCUCAGAAGACAUGAUUAAUAAGCAAAUUGAACGGUGCCUAAUUAGAGGGCAGCCUGGGAAUACGGUGGAUCAAGGAAACAGUCAGAGCCUGGUUGGAACCAGAGGCAGACCUCCAUGGAUGAAAACCAAAGCCUUGCUGGAAAAUGACAAAGGUGAUUUGAACACAAGUCGAGAAAGUGCAAUCACUGAGGACAGCAGCUUAUGGUCAGCACUGACAGAUGAACGAUUGGAGCUUUCUCAGUGGUUGUCAGAAAGUAUGUUCGCUGGGCCUGAUGUUGGGCCUGAAAAUGAGGAGCUGAUACUCAGCACAUGUGGACGUUUGCAAGCUGCUGUGGAAAAAUUGCUGGAGUUGGUCACAAUGUCCACAAGACAAUUGAUGCAAAAUUAUAGAAUCCAUGAACAUGUGGAGGAAGGGGUCACAGCUCAAAGCAUAGACACUGUGGAACUAAUUGGCAAACAGCACCAAAAAUUGAUAGAACAUCUCAAUUGUGAAUCUGAAGCGAAGAAUGAACUGGCAUUGGAGCUCCACAAAGCUGAGGGCCUGAUUGAUGGCUAUGUUGCUGAGAAAGCAGUGCUGGAAGAAGCUUUGCAGAAGAAGGAAGAAUUAGAACAGCACUUGGCUCUACAAGUGGAACUUCUAAGCAAGCAACUUCAUGAACUCAACCAAGAGAACCUUCAACUAUGUGAAGAGCGUGACCUACUACUACGUCAGAAACAAGUCAUGGCUGGCAAUGAUGUAGAACGUGGCCACCAAACUGAACCAAUAAUCAAAAGGGAUUCAGGAUUACUGGAGGAGACAGAGCGUUUGACCAAGGAGAAGCUAGACAUCCAGUGUCAGGCAGACAAGGAUCGUGCUGAUCUUCUAUCAAGGACAAAGAGAAUGGAAGUGGAGUUGGAGGAAGAGACCAACCGCAACAUUGAGCUAGCUGACAAAUGGCACUUGGAGGUUGCUGACUUGCAGCAGCAGAUCCAGGCACUUGAAAAGCAGCUCAAGAAUUAUCGACAGUUUAUGGAUGAGCAAGCUGCCGAGCGUGAACACGAGCGAGAUGAGUUCCAGCAAGAGAUUGAAAAUCUGGAGAAGCAGUUAAAACAAGGAUUAAAAUCACUAGGAGGUGGUGAUUUUACUGUCUCAAAGAACGAUUAUUUGAGCCUUCAGAUGGAAACCAUGGAGGCUCAAAUUCGAUCAAAGGCUGAUGACUAUAGUGAACUGUUGCUAACUAAGGAACGUCUGGAGCGAGAUAUGCAGGAACAAAGUGAAGAAAUAACAAAAUUGGAAGCACAGAUCAAAGAGCUUGAGGAGGCAGCAUUAUUGCAUGCUGAUUCAGAAAAGUGGAUUGAUCAGCUUGAGCAAGAGAUCCAGAAGAUGAGGCGAAGAGAGGAAGAAUUAUCACAGGACAAGGAAUCUCUGCAGCAGCAGCAGUAUACUAAUCUGAUGCAGAUCUCUGCUCUACAGUCAAAACUGGAUGAAGCCAGACAUAGGGUACCUGCUGAAGGACUUUCUGAUCAGGCACUAAAGGAGCAGUUACAGAAUGAACGACAGGCUCUCCAGACUAAGGAAGAUGAGAUCCAAAUCCUUGAGGAACAACUUGAUCAAUUCCGUGAGAAUUUAAUGAAUAAAAACGAUGAGAUGCUCCAAUUAAAUAUGCAGCUGGAAAUCCAAACAAAGCAGUCAGCAAUGGCAAUUAACCAGCUCCACGAGGAGAACAUCCGCGUAAAGGCAAAUGUAGCCACUCUCCAUAUGCGCUUGGGUUUGGAUGCAGGUAAUGGCAGAGUGCCAGGAUUACAGCUGCCUCAUGCUUUGCUGCAGGAGAAGAAUCAGGAAAUCGAUGAGCUAAAGGAACAGAUCUUUAAACUACAGAAGCAAAUGGAAAAUACUAUAGACAACAAGGCACUUGAAGAGAAAAAUAGUGAAAUCGAAGAGCUGAAAACUCAAAUUGAACAACUUAAUGUUGACCAAGGAAGAUUACGUCAGGAAAAAGAAGAGGAGAUUGAGCACCUCAUUGAGGUUAUAGAGAAAUUGCAGCAAGAACUGUCACUAUUGGGUCCAAACCGCCAUGAAGUCAGUGAUUCUCAGGAAGACCUUGACAUUUUCAGCUUGGAAGAAGGGCCUAGACCAAAUGCGGCAUCCUCUAGAGGACUUAACGACAAUCUGCAGCAGGAGCUGGCAUUUAAAGCAGUAGAUAACAGAGGUGCUGGAGACUACAAAGAAGAUCUUUUUGUGCACUCAGCAGAGCUUCGGGAUCAGGUGGAGAUGAUUUCUAAAGAAGCCUCUAUGCAGCUCUUGGAUAAAAAGGAAGUUCAGUUCCAACAGAAGUUAGAAGUUCUGCAAACCAGCCUUCAAAACCUGCAGGAGAUCAAUCACCAGCAGCUUCAGGAACUCCUAUCACUUCGUCUGCAACGCAGUGGCCUUCAGGAGGACAACAGUUUGUUGAAGACCCACAUUUCCCAAAGAGAUGCUGACGUAUCUCUCCUCUCAUCACGUGUCCAAGAAUUGGAAGAUGCUCAGAAUGAAAAGGAGAAGCUUCUGCAAAUGAUUGAGAAACAAAGACAGGAAGAGUUGGAAGAAAUGGGAUUAUUACCAACAAAAAUAGUGGAGCUUGAACAGGAACUGGCAGACAAGACAGCUCUGUUCCAAAAAUGUAAUGAUGAAUUACAGACCUUGCGCUCUGACCUUCUGGAGCGCGAUUGUCUGUUAGAAACAUUGAAACAGAAGGGUGUGAAUCUCCAAGUAGAAGUUGAGCGAUUGCAGGGUGAAUUAGCCAAGCAGGAAGCCCAGAAUGAAGAACUAAAAGACCACUUGAACCAAAUUGAGAAAGAACAACAAUCAGUUGGCACUACCCCCACUACUGCAGAAAUAAAGGAGAAAGAUGAUCUCUUGCAGGAGAAGCUGAGACAGAUGGAAACUGCCUUGCAGCAGAAAGAGAUGCUCAUCACCCAGCUAAAUACCGAACAUGAGAGACUGCAAGCGGAUCUUUCUGUGGUUAAGGAAGAGCUGAACUCCAGUGCAGAGAAAGUUGAGAAGUUGCUGGAGGCUGAACAGGUAAAAGACCACACCAUUGCUGACUUGGAGAUCCAUGCUCGCAACUUGAAAACGCAGGUGAACCAACUGCAGGAGGCCUUAUUACAGCAGGAGGAGGAACUGGCAAAUCGGGCAAAAGAGGUAGAAGACUUGAAUGAGAAAUGUCAGAGGCAGGAACUUCAGUUGCAGCAGCAGUCCAAUGUGGAGACUGAUAGGCCACAAACCACCCGUUCAAUUUGUAAAGAAGCUUCUCAGACUUUUGGUCAAGGUGGACAUCAGCCAUUUGCCUACAAUCACACAAUCAAUGAGAGCUUGCUGAGUUCUCCAGAGAUAAUGAGAAAGUAUGAGGAAAGUCUGGAAUGGAUGAAUGGGCUGCACACAUCCAGGAUUUCUGAGAUUAGUGAGGUCCAUAGUGCAGACGUGGAGUUGAUGCAAAGCAGAUCAUCUGGACUUGAGAAAAACACAGAGAGAGAGAAUCGGAGCAUUCCCUCUGCGAAAGACAGAAGACAAAGGCGUUCUCCAUCCCCAUCUGAUUAUGCAUAUUCGCUGUCUGAAUCCUCUGAUACUGAGAAGGUACAACUAGAAUUGACACUGACAGCAAUGCAGGAAGAUAAGGCUUCAACAGUGUCAGUUCCUGAUUGGAUAAGUGAUAGUUGUGGGAGCUGUACAAGUUUGGAUCUCGGAGCAAAACUAAAUCAGGAGCUUGAAACCACAGAACGUCUGGACAAUAGUUUUGUGGAGUAUCUACAGCGUCGUGGAAUUGCACUGAUAGACGUGGAUAGUCAUGCAAAGGGUGUUGCACUGUCUGCUGAGGAAGUGCCUUCUCCACAGCUACAGGCAUUGCUAAAGCAAGUACAUGAGGAAAGCUGUCGUGUGCUUGCACUAACAGAAAGGCCUUCCUUCUGCCGUGAAUCUCAGCUUGCGUCUGUCUCCAAUAAAACCGUGGAGGAAUGGCAACAAGAGAAGGAGGGACUGCUUGACACAAUUCAGCUGUUGAAAGACCUGCUUUCUAAGGCAUUGAACAAGUUUGAUGAGGAUUCUACAAGCAGAACUGAUUGGCGAAGGGAGUUACUUCUGGCUGUACAGGCUGUCCUCAACCAGGAACAAAAGUCUUUCUUGGAUGAAUUGCAUUCAUACAUGCAGAACCCACCUACAGAAGAGAGCUCUCUGACUGAGAAGCUUGAGCGCAUGCUUAAAGAGCAGGAAAAGCAGCAACAAUCUGCCCUGGAAGACCUCUUAUCCGUGGACAGAAGCAGCUUGUUGUCAGAGGUGCAGGACCUCCGUUCACAGCUCCGAAUUGCACACCUUCAGCACCAAGAAAAAUUGCAGCAGCUGCAGGAUACACUCACCUGUGCUGAAGAGCAAGCCAAGAAGCAGGAGCGGCCACUUCGCAGGCAAGUGGAGUUGCUUGAAUACAAACUUCAGCAAGAACAGAUCAUAGCAAAUGAUCUGCAGAAUUCCCUCAGAGCAGAGCAGGACCGAUCGGCUGACCUCCGCCAACACUUGCAGACUGAACAAACUACAGUGUCAGAGCUGAAGUCGGAUCUGUCUGAGGUCACAGUUGAACUGGAGGCUGCAUUACAGACUCGACAUGAACUGCAGCAAAACCUCCAGAAACUCAGGGGAGAAUUGAAUGCUAAAGAAAAUGAAUUAUUAACUGCAGCGAAGGCAUUUGAUCAGGAACGGCAAAAAGUGCAGCAGUUACAGAACAUGAUGGAGAAGGAGCAGUUUCAUCACAAAGAGCACAAAGAGCAAGAACGGCAGGCUCAUCAGAAACUGCAGAAGGCUCUGGAGGACCAACAUGCACACAACCACCAAUUGUCUGUCGCCUUUGAGGAAGAAAGGGUGGCAAAUAGCAACAGCCGCAAAGAAAUUGAAGCCAAGUUGUUGAACAGUGAAUCGUUGCUAUUGCAGGAGCAUCGGAAGCUGACAGAGACUCAGGAACUACUGAAAAUGGAGAGAAGUCAUUUGACAGAAUUGAGCGAGUCCUUGGAUCGUGAGCGUACUCGGUCAGAACAGUUAUAUCAGCUUGUGAAUACCCAUCGUGAUGAAAGUGCUACUCAGGAACGUGCCUUUAUAAAAGAAUUGCAGAGUCAGCUUGAAGAAGAAAGGAAGAGGACUGUUGAACUAGCAACUAUGAUUGAGAAAACACAACAGCAAGCUAUUUCAGCAAAGCGCAACUUCGAAGAAGAAAUCCAACUAUCCCGGCAGGAAAAUCAAAAAGAACGGGAUGUCAGCUCCAAAUUGAGGUCAAUGCUGGAGUCCAUCCAGACUCAAGUACAGGAGCUCAAUCGUUUGCUGGAGUUUGAAAGGCAGCAUAGCCUUCGGCUGCAGACUGAACGUGAGAAGCUUCAGGCUAAUAUUCUAGCAGCCAAAGAGAAAGAGCGAAAUAAGGAUGAUCAAAGAGAUCGUGAGAGGAGGCAGGAAAGGCAAGAGUUAGCUGACCAUGAGCAAGAACAAGAGAUAUUGAAAGACAGAAUGCAUGAACUGGAGUUACAACACCAACGAGAUCAACAACGAAUUCAAGAAUUGCAACAAAUGCUUGCAGACUUGGAGGAACAGGAGUGCAAACUUGUAUCUCGCAAGCGGCAGCGAGGAGAGCCUGAAAGUAGCCCAGUGAAAUGCAGCUUGAAUACAGCUACCUGCAAUGUAGAAGGCAAUACACUAAAUGUACAACAGCGUCUAGAGAGCACAAGGCAGCAGUUCCUACAGUUGACUGUCCGACUGAAAGAGUUACUUCACAGAACUGAGCAAAGGGGACAGGGUGGCCACAUAAAGACUGAAGAUAUAAGAGAUCUUUUACAGACCCUAAUUGAAUCAAACUGUGAAUCACAACAGUUCCUUUCCAGGGACACAGGUGAGUGA